GAAAGAAUGGGUGGUGCACUGUGGCAAACAAAGUGGUUGCUUACUUCUGACAUAAUCCUGCAUUUGGACUGACGAGCUGACUGCAUAUGGUAGGUGUGUCGUGGCAAGUCAAGUAUGUACGCGCAUGCACAGAACAACCUUGGCCUUGGCCCCAGUUGCUUCGCUGCAGGAACGCUCGUCCGAGGCCACUAUCAUGCGUUCAUGUCAGUCCGGGGGGAUGGCGCUUGCUCGCAAGACCACCGUCCAGCCAGGACUCUUUUGGUUCUUCGAGCAAUACUGAACCCCACCUUCGUCGUCAGGGACUUUUCGAAGGGAUCCUUACUGAAAAUCCAUCACAAAAGGGACCCCAUCCCUCUCCACACAGCCCCCGACACGCGGGCACGGGAACAAAGACGCGGGAGCCUGGCCUUGGGCAUCAUAGAUACGGACCAUGACAUGACUCGAGCGACCCUACGGCCGGCAAGAUAUGCACCCCCAAGACGUCCCGCCCAGGCUUGGGCCUUUCUCUGCUUUGACCGCGUCAAGCCACAGUUCGGCAAGUACCCGACCGAGACGGGUGGGCUCCGAGGCGUUUCUCUGGCCCAGUCUUCUUUUGUUGUCCCUUUGGGCAGCUUGGCGGUCUACCCGUAGUCCGGUUGGCAGGGACAGAGCGAAACUUGUGCGGAGUGCCCGAAAGAGGCAAUUUCUACCGCCCGCCGUCGGGGAUCCUCUGACUCGGCCGAUGGUGACGGGAUCGUAAAUAAUCUGGGGUUUCUUCUCGCGGGUUCUUGUCAGGGAAGGCCUGGUAGGCGGGGUCCACAGUAUCGUUCUUGAUGUGCUGUCGUCAUGUGAUUUCCAUCACCUGCAAUCCAUCACUUGCGUCUUUCUUUGCGCCAUUCAACAGUUGUGCAAGUGAUUCUAAAGCCUGGGAACGGGGGGCUUUGUGUCGUGGUCUGUGGCGUGCCGGAAGCAAAGAGCAAGAGGGCGUUUAACAUAUCUCAACAAGGACUGAACCCGCACUGCCAGAGUGGUGAGCGACGGCUAGAUCUCGAGAAGGCAUUAAACAAGGCAGACCGUCAUAAACAAAUGCGAAUCGAAUGAAGCCAAC